AUGGAGCAGUGGGCGUACUACCUCUGCCUUCUCUUGGCUCUCCUCCUUCCUCUCCUUCUCUUCAAGCUCAACACGAAACACAGCGGUGGCAAUAGCAGCGUGCGUCUGCCACCCGGUCCGUGGCGGCUUCCGCUCAUCGGCAGUCUUCAUCACCUCGCCGGCAACCCGCUCAUGCACUGUGUCAUGGCCGACCUCGCUCACCGGCUCGACGCGCCUCUCAUGUACCUCAAGCUCGGCAAGGUGCCGGUGAUGGUGGCCACAUCCCCGGAGGCUGCCCGCGAGAUCAUGCGGACGCAUGACGUCGUCUUCGCUACGCGGCCGUUGAGCCCCACGUUGAAGAUUAUGAACUCUGAAGGGCUGGUAUUCGCUCCCUAUGGUGCCUUGUGGCGGCAGCUUCGCAAGAUUUGCAUCUUGGAGCUUCUCAGUGUGCGUCGCGUGCAGUCGUUCCGCCACAUCCGGGAGGAUGAGGUCUGCCGACUCGUGGCCGCCAUCACGGCGGCGCCGCCCAUGAAGCUCGUGAACGUGAGUGAGCGAAUUGCCAUCCUCAUCAACGAUUCGGCGGUAUGCGCCAUGAUUGGGGAAAGAUUCAUGAGGCGUGAGGAGUUCUUGCAGACACUCGAGGAUGGUGUCAAGAUCGCCGGCGGGUUCAGCCUUAGCGAUAUGUUCCCAUCAUCGUGGCUCGCGAGAUUCAUCAGCGGCACGACACGGCGGGCCGAGGAGUACCACCAGAAGAGCUUCGAGCUCAUGGAGUACGCGAUCAAGCAACACGAGGAGCAGAGGGCAACCACCGCCUCAGCGAGCGGUGUCGUGGAGGAAGGAGAGGACCUAGUGGACGCGCUCAUGAGGAUACGCAAGGAAGGUGUCCUCGACGUGCCCCUUACCAUGGGAAUGAUCAAAGCAGUCAUCAAGGAGACAAUGAGGCUUCAUCCACCUGCACCAUUGCUUCUCCCUAGGGAGGCAACUGAGCCUUGCAAAAUCCUCGGGUAUGAUGUCCCCGAGGGCACCACGAUGUUAGUGAACGCAUGGGCAAUCGGAAGAGACCCUAGGCACUGGGAAGACCCUGAGGAGUUCAAACCAGAGAGAUUUGAAUCUGGCAUGGUUGAUUUCAAAGGAACAAACUUUGAGUACAUACCAUUUGGGGCAGGUCGAAGGAUGUGCCCUGGAAUGAUGUUUGCGCAGGCUAGCAUCGAGAUUGUACUGGCCGCACUUCUCUACCACUUCGACUGGGAGCUCCCAGGAGGGGUGAGACCAGAUGAGCUGGACACGACAGAGAAGAUGGGCCUCACUGUCCGACGGAAGAACAACCUGUACCUGCACGCUGUGGUUCGUGUGCCCCCAGUUUAA